CGAAAGUUCUCAUUCACAGUCGGCUCAGGCUUCUAGUAGCGCUAGGCACGACGAUCAGAGGUCCGUAUCUUCGCCUUUGCGCCAUGAAGCCUCAGCUCAGAACGACUCGACACAGUCUUCUAGGCAAGCCGGAUGACCAGGCUUUUUCGAUGGCAUGAAUCACCGUUCCUCUACACAUGACCCCCGCCGCGCUGCCUCUUCUUCGAAUGCACGCGCACUUCUCGAACGCUUUUCAUCGCUCUUCCGGCACGCCCAGUCCAAUUUCGAUGGAGCAACCGAAUUCGAGCAACGGCCAAGGCGGACCAUCGUCUCUCGCGGACCUCGUAUUGUCGAAGUUGCUGCAGUACGGGACAAAAAGGUACGUAUUUCUUCGCGUGCGUUUCCCAUUGCCGAGCUCAGUGAUAUCUUGUCGGCCACUGUUUGUCGCUCGCCGGCCAGAACGUGACAAGGCGAAACGAACACAGCAGCAGCAAACUCAAUCGCACGGUCACACCCAGGCGUCAUUCUCACAAACUCAGCCUGCCACCAACUCGACCUCCGCGAUACCACCUUCUGAUCCAGGUACUGAUACUACCACAGCAGUUGCAGCACCCGCGCAGUCGCGGUCCCUCCCAUUGUGGGCUCGUCUCUUACUUUUCCUCUGUUGUGCAUCUCUCCCACAUGCUAAUGGGCAUUAAUACUGCGACGCAUGGACAACGAUCAUAUCAUCGCUCCUAAGUGGUUCUCUUGCAGUCUCAUCUCUCUUUUUUCAUUUAUUUUACCACUCCAUCAAUCUUAUUCGCUCGUCUGUGAGACUCGUGUACUGCACCGAUUA